UACACCAGCGGGGUCCUUCACGUCGAUGACGUUAUUGACGAUUUGGAAAAUGGUUGAGUAGUAGUCACAGAAACUUGUAAAAACAGAGUGUUUUCUUUUGAGUCAGUGUUAAUUCUGCCAUACAAAUGCGGAGCCCAUAUUUUAAAUCGCACUAUGACUCAAACUACGCAUAUACAAAACUAAAAGCUUCAGGUCACACUAAAGCUGACUCCCCUAGUUCAGCCAUGUCUCAUAAGCUGCAAAGGAAUGGACCAACAGCACAUUACAUUGAACUUGGAGGUUAUCAGUACUGGCCUGUUCUGGUUCCCCGGGGUAUCAGGCUGUACACAUAUGAACAGAUCCCAAUGUUUCUGAGAGAAAACCCCUACAUAACAGAUGGGUACCGAGCAUAUCUGCCCUCCAGACUCUGCAUCAAAAGCCUUUUUAUCCUGUCAAAUGAAACAGUGAGCAUCUGGAGCCACCUGGUAGGCUUCUUACUGUUUUUGUGUCUGGGUGUUUACAACAUGGCCUGUGUACUGCCGACAGUCGAGGCUUCCAAAGAAGACUAUGUCAUCUACUCCAUUGAACUAUUCUGUUUCCAGCUGUGUCUACUGUGCUCAGUGGGUCACCACCUCUUCUGCUGUCAUCGCUCAGAGAAAACCAGCCGUCGCUGGAUGGCGCUGGACUAUGCUGGGGUGUCCAUUGGUAUUCUUGGCUGUUAUGUUCCUGGAGUCUUCUACACUUUUUACUGCAACAACUACUGGAGGCAGGUCUACCUGGUGACGGUUUUGGCCAUGAUCCUGGCUGUCUUCUUUGCUCAGAUUCACCCUCACUACCUCAGUAAGCAGUGGAAGCAGCUUCGCUCACUCAUCUUCUGCUCAGUAUCCUGCUACGGCCUGGUGCCCACCAUCCACUGGAUCUGCAUCACAGGAGGGUUCUCCUCGGAGCUGGUCCAGGCUUUUGUUCCCCGUAUCAUGGGGAUGUAUUUCCUUGCAACGUUAGCACUGAUUUUCUACGUUUCCAAAGUUCCUGAGAGAUAUUUUCCAGGUCAGCUAAACUACGUGGGCUCAAGUCACCAGCUCUUCCAUCUGCUGCUGCUGCUCAUGUUCUACUGGUGGCAUCAGUCGUCCUGCUUCAUCCUGUCCUACAGACACAACCAGCCCUGUCCAGAGAGCACCAUGCAGCAAGUAUGAAAUUCUUGAAAGGAGUUGCGUCAACACCUGCCUUCACAUGAGCGUGCUGCUACUCCCUGACAACAGCUUUGCAGAAACCGACAGUAUGUGAAGCUGCGGACAUCAACACUCCUCUGGUCACACAGAUUUAAUGAAAAAACUUAAAGGUCGAGAGAAUCUUUUCUGCACCCAUGUCUGUGCAUUGUCUUCUAAAUAUAAUUUACUUCUGUCCUGAACAAACAGUAUUUCAUGUAAAAGAAUUAUGUUUUCACAGUUUCCUUCAAUCUAUCAAAUUAAAAGAGGAAAUCUAAAUUCAAAUUACAAUUGAUAUACAUUUGUUAAAGUAAGGUCAUCUUUGUUUAAUUUGAAUACUUUUAGUUGUAUAAGUCACUGUAAGGGUUGCUCAGUUUUCCUGGACACUGUUUUUUUAAACCAAGAAUCUUUCACAUUAAGAAAAAAAUAAUUUUAUUUAAGAAAAGCCAUUUCUUGAUGGGUGGAGACUUGCUUUAGUGGGUCAGAGGUUAGGCCAAUUGACCAAUCAAACUAAACACAGCUUUAAUGUCUUAUUGUAAUUGUUUAAAAAAAAGUAAAAGCACUGAUUCAACUCUAACCUUUUUUUAUAUAAUGUACAUCUUCAUGUCAAUGUUUUGUCUUGUUUUCUAACUGCACCAAUGGAGCUGUUCUCAGUUUAGGGUGAUGUGCAAUGUCAAAAGUCAUGACUUCAACGAAUUCAUGACAAAAUCAACAUUUGAGCUGGGAAAAUUCUUUGCCACUAUUUUCACUUAAAAGACACUGGUACAACAAGUAGAAAAGUCUCACAAGCAUCAUUUAUAGCAUUUGUUUUUGUUUUUUGUUGUUUUUUGUUUUAUAAAGAUUGUAAUCUCCGUGUUUUAUGGCUCAGACUCAAAAGUUUUGUGUUAAGUAUUUAUUUUUCUGUUUAUAUCUUUAUCAAAGGGUAAGUUUUUUUCUGUCUGGGUUCAUUUAAACACAAUGUUUUUUCUCAGAAAAGAAACAGCUGAAAUUUGAAUAAAAAUCUGGAAUUGUUUCACUGUAUUUUUAAUUC